AUGUCGUCAGAGCUUGAAUUAUUGAGACAACAAGUUACCAAGCUUGAAACUGAAAAUACCAAAUUAAAACAGAUCAUCGAAGAAAUUGCUAAUCUUAGGAUCGAAAAUACAAGACUAAAACAAAUCAUAAAACAAAAUCGGACUACUAAUGAUGCUUCACAAGUACCUAUUCUAUCACAUAUUAAUGGUUCUGAUGAAGUUACGGCUCAGAUUAUAGUAGACUUGUUUAACACGGCGAUGAAAACUAGACAAAAGGAGAAUUUAUGUUGGUAUUGUUACACUAAAGCGUAUGAAAAUCGAGUUAAUGAUAUUAAAUCCAAGAAUAAAAUUGACGAUCAAUCAGCGAGAACUUUG